AUGCGUGGCCAGCCCGAAGCGAGCGCUGUCGUAUGCCUGCUCGAUGUCGGCUCGUGGAACGAGUCUGCAACUGGCCCCCUGCGACGCCAUGCCAUGGCUUCGGCAGUCUUGGACCAGCCAAACCGGCUCGGCAAUCUCUGUGGCACCUGCGCAGGCCAGCCCGGCUAUCAUCUUCCAGUAAAUCUUCACGAUGCUGCCUACGGUGCAGCGAAGCGGAUGGAAGCAGCACCAAUCAACAGAGGGCACCGCAGGCUCCGGUUCAGCCGCAGCACCGAACCAUGCCACGCGCCCACCGCCCUCGCUCUUGGAGCUGCCGCCCGAGACCGUACACGGCGCGGCGACCUGUAUCCGCCGUAG